AUGUUGCUGAUUAGGUUGCGGAAAAAGGCGUGUCGUAUGCUGACGCUGAGACGACAUGAAUUAGAGUCAAUUGAGCAACAGCAGAAGCUCACACAACGACAGCGACGACGAAAAACGAACUGCCCCGAGGGAAAAGCGGAGCACCAGCAGCAGCUACGAACUCAGUCAGUCGGCAACGAACCACCACCGCCGCCGCCACCACCACCACUGCGGCCGCUGCCAUGA